AUGUCAGAUCCAUUUGGUGAUGAAAAUAUCGAAUAUACUGAAGAGUUCGUUGAAGGAGAUAUCAACGAAGCUGAUUUAGUUGAUGAACACGUUGAAUAUAUCGAUGAAAAUGGUGUUUCACUCAAUAGCUUUAAUAACAACUCAAAUUCAAAUACUUUAGAUUUUGAAACUGAAGAUGUUAGCAAUAAAAACAACAAUAACAAUAACGAUUACUCAAAUGACAAUUCAAGUUUUUCAGCAGGUGCCAGCCACUUAUCACCAUCAAAUAGAGAAACAGCACCAGCAAUGAAAGAAUAUUUAGCUAAACACGAAAAAGAAUUAGAAGAUAAACAAAAAGCUUCAGAAGAAAAACGUAAAAAGAAAAUUGCUGAAGCCAAACAAUCAUUAGAUAAUUUUUAUAGUGAACGUGAAGCUAAAAAGAAAACUGCAUUAAAAAAUAACAGAGAACACAAUAAAACUUUAGAAGGUGAAGGUACCACUGGUGGCGAACACUCUUGGGAGUCUGUUGUUUCAAUGAUCGAUUUACAAGCAAAACCAACCCCAACCAAUAAAGACACCUCAAGAAUGAAGGAAAUUUUACUUCGUUUAAAAAAUCAACCAAUUGCAUAA